AAAGUCAAAUAUUGACACUAGCCUAGUAUGGAAGCUUACCUACUAUGUAUGCUCGUCGGUCUACUGAGGGCCUCUGAUCCACGGCUGGAAACGUACCAUGUUGGUGCCAACACGAUAUCGAUUUCCGGAAUUUCCUCUGGUGCAGCUAUGGCAACUCAAAUGCACGUGAUCAACUCGGAAACGAUAAUGGGAGCAGGGAUCAUAGCGGGAGUACCGUUUGCCUGUUCCCGAGGAACCAUUGCUGGCGCCUCAGCUUGUAUGCUGACACCGUCUGUAGAAUCUGUGACGUCACUGGAAUUUUUAGUGACGUCAGGCAGCUUUCUUGGCAACGUGGACUCGACAUCAAACCUGCGACAUGAUAAAGUGUACAUAUUCAGUGGCACCUCAGACACCGUGGUCAAACCUGGAAAUGGCCCAAAUAUUCAGCGGUUUUACCAGCACUACAUCUCAAACAGAGCCAACAUCAAGACCGUCUUCACAAUGACCGCGGAACAUUGCAUGCCGACCGAUACCUAUGGAGGGAGAUGUGAGACACUUUCAGCGUCCAAUGGUUACCUCAAUAACUGUGGUUACAGCGCCGCCUACGAUCUUCUCAAUCAUAUAUACGGCGGAACUUUAAAGAAACCAAUGAAUGACACGUCUGUCUCAGGAAACCUGAUGAAAUUUGACCAGAACGAAUUUUUUCACCUGUCGUCUCCUUCCACAUACAGCAUGGACAUAACCGGAUAUGUCUAUGUACCGGAAGUCUGCUCACAAAGGAUCUCGGCCUGUCGGUUACACAUUGCGCUACACGGCUGUCGUAUGGGGAGGAAAACUAUAGGCGAUAUAUACGUACGACACACCGGUUAUAACGAAGUGGCGGAGCUCAACAACAUCAUCAUACUCUACCCUCAGGUUAUCCCCACUGUGUCCAAUCCUAACGGCUGCUGGGACUGGUGGGGAUACACAGGGGUAUACUACGCGACUAAACACGGGUUCCAGAUCACCGCCCUACGGAGGAUGAUGGAGAGAGUCAGUCGCUAUUAACUCUACAAGUUAAGCUCCAGAUUCCUAUCUGUAAGGAAUAGAUUAAUCAAAUAAAGAGAUGA